CCGUCCCUAUCUGUGCCUUUCGCGCGGGGGUGAUGUGGACGAUGUGCGCGUGCCGAUAACGAUAAGGCCGCAGCAGGGAUGUGCCUAGCGGGGGGCACUCGAGCCCUCCUGCUCCUGGCGCUCGUGCUGUGCCAGCGUGCCGGCGGCGUCGAUGGCAAGAAUGACAACUACCAGAUGAGCGACGUCUGCAAGAAAUACUUCCUGCGGGAUCUCUACAGGAAGAUAGACGGCGCCGUUCUUACCUCGCAAAAUGAGAGGGAGCUCGAUUGCGCCAUUACUUUCCAGACUCACAGCAUCCUCCAGCGGUUUAUGCUCCGAUUCGAUCAGCUGCAGUUAGACUGCAACGACCAUCUCUACAUCUACGAUGGCGCGCACGCGGUCGGCAGUUACAAGAAGGUCCUCGACAACAGACUGAACGACAGGGUCGACGGCAUGAUGGAGGCCGGUUUGGUGCAGGAACUACUCGACUUUCAUCGCAGAUACAACGAGCAACGGAUUAAGUCCAACACGUCACCCGAUUACACGAAAGGCAUCUUCCAGACUAUCGGCUUCAAGGAGUUUCACACUUACCUCAUACUGCCUGACGAGGAACGCGCGAGCGAGAAGGGGAAAAAAUUACUCCAACAAGGAAUCGAUGAUUUAAAGCGCGUCACUAGGAGAUACGCAAAGAGGCAAGAUAAAUGGGUGAUGAACAGACUGAUUCGGCGCGGUGAUCGACAGGUUCCCCCUGUUUAUUCUUUAGAUUGCACCGACGUGACAAACUGGGACAGUCGCGUCUUAGAACCUGCGGCGGCAAUCGUUUCCGCGAUACUGCACGGCGCGAAGCCCGAACUGCGGCCGUUAAAUGAGAAUUUCGAAAACCAAAAGACCACCGAUAGAAGUACAAAUACAUAUCAUUAUUGCCAGGUAUGUGAGAGGGUAUUUGUUGAGGAACAUCAAUGGCAAGCCCACUUGAAAGGCGCAAAACACAUGAAAGUCUUAAAAAAGAAGAAAAGAACUACUGAGGAUACACAAUCCCAGGAAUAUCAACUGGCUAGCUCGUGACAAAUAUCACUCUCGCUAUGACAUUGCACGAACACUUGUUUUUGCGUUUAUACCAAGCCAUUGAAACUGUGAUUGUAUUGUAUUUUACUAAUAAUUCUCAUGUAAAUAAUUUUUGAAAAAUAAAAUUGUUUUUUAACA